AUGAAUCUACCGAUUGUUACCAAACUUUUGAAAACGAUUGUGAAUGAGAUACAUUACGAAUACCACAAUUAUGAGAAACAAACUAUGAAAAAUCACAUACUGAUCGCUGUGAUUGCUGAUUUAGCAACGAUCCUAACAGCCCUCUGGCCAGUACCUGUCGACCGAAACAAAGCAUCUAGUGAGCGCAGGCCACCUAUGCCGGUAUUAACUGUCGGACCACACUUCCCCAUUGCAUUCAGUGUUAGAGCAACUCAGAAUGUCAAUCGCAUCGCUAAAUUGCUCCAACAAAUCUAUCGUCCACAGAACCUCUAUUGUAUACAUGUUGACCGCUCUGCGACAUUCGUCUACAAUGCAAGUUUGCAGGAAGCUUUAGCGGAAUUCGGAGAAAACGUGUUUUUCGUGCCAGAUGGAGACCGUGUUGCGAUGGACGGUGGGAAGGUGGCUCUGUUGGAGGCCGAUUUGGUUUGUGCCAAACUACUGAAGAAACGAUCCAGUGAAUGGCGUUACUGGAUUAACCUAUCUGGAGGCGAAAUCCCACUGAAGACAAACUGGGAAAUCGUGACAGCUCUUCAACUGCUCAACGGAUCAAAUGCUGUCAGUGCAUACAUUAGAAAAACGAAGAGUAACCACCCGACACCCCAAAGCUACUUAGACUUGAAUGUCACAUGGUACCAGGGCGACGAUUCGGUUGCCGUGAGACCGGAGUUUGUCUCCUUCGUUUUACAGAAUGACAUGGCCACGCUUUUGCUGGACGCAUUUCGAGCAUAUGAAGAAGACUUUGGACCAAACAAAAUUAAGGAGGGAUACUUUGCAAUUCUCAACAACAACCCGUCAGUGUUUGCCAUUCCUGGAGCCUUUGCAAACUCUAGGGACCACUUCCAAAUAGAAACACCAAUUCGCGCCGAGCACCGAAUGUGGCACAGGAGACCCUGUCGGAGUCGCUUUUGGCAGAAUUCACGCUGCUUAUUUGGUGCAAUCGAUGUGCCAUUCUUAAAGAGCCACCCGCACUUCUUUGUCGAUAGUCUCGCCCCCAGCUUCACCAAAGAAGCAAGAAAUGAACUAGAAAAUUGGCAUACCGAAAAGCUGCGGCAUGAGGCACGGACUGGCAAGCUUCAUCCUUCGUUUGACAAAAAAUACUACAGCCAGUUGGAGGCGACUAAAAUGCACCUUUGAAGUGAACACCAAACAGCCCUGAUACGUAAUGAUCAAACGGACCACAAAGGAGGGGUAUCUCGCCCCGGAGUUUUGCAGCAUGUUGGGACUAAACGUUUGUUCAUUAAAUUGUUCUCGUACCUGAAUUCACUAACGAAUUCGGAAUUACUUGAGUCAUAACGCAAACCCAUGUCGAGGAGGAAACUGGACGCGCUGACUUAUUAUUUCCCCAAAACAUACACAAUGUAGGUAACUCCAGAUCAAGAAGAAUCGAUAACCUUGUUUACUGUAACUUAUUUCUCAAUGAUUAAAAAUGCCGUUACCG